AUGUGGAUCAGAAUUAGGACGUUUGAUGCAAAAAGGAUGGAAGUUUUUGAUGGCCUAAGCAAGCUGACUAAAAUUAAGGAACUCAAGAUGAGAAUAUCGAAAAAGUUUUUGAUUGAAGUUGAUCAUCAACGUUUAUUUUACAGAGGGAAACAACUCGAAGAUUCAUAUUCACUUUAUGAUUACGAAGUGGGUUUAAAUGAAAUCAUACAAUUGAUGGUUAAAGAAAAUAUCCUAUCCUCAAUUGACAAUCCUAAAGCAAUAUUAAAUGAAGAAAUUGAUGAUAACAAUAUAGCUGACAAAGAAAUCGCAAGCAUUAUACAAUUAAAUAAUUCAGGAGAUUUUAAAAUAAAAGAUGCAGUUGAUGUAAAAGAUGAAGAUAGUGGAGCCUGGUUUGAAUCUGUAAUUAUAAAUAUUUAUCAAAAAAAUAAUAUCCUCAAUUCAAUUUCGGAAACUAUUAUUAAAGUGCAAUAUAUUGGCUACGAUAAAAUAGUCGACAUACCUAUAAGCAAUGAAAUGACUAACACAAUCAGGUUUAGGUCUUCUCAUCUUUUAAGCUUGGAUUCAUUAAACAUUGGCCAAAUUGUAUUAGUUAAUUACAAUAUUGAUAAGCCUCAGGAUAGAGGUUAUUGGUAUGAAUGUUCUGUUUCUAAGAAAAGUAUGAGCAACAGAAGAAAAGAUCUAUAUGUCGAUAUAAAUCUAGGGAACGAUGAACAAUUCUUAACAAACUGUAAAAUCCAAUUUUGCGAGGAAAUCUAUGAGAUAAACAAAUCAAAAACUCAGGAUCAAAAUGAUACCACUGAACACGAUUCAAUUAAACCUAUAAGAAAAUUGAAAUAUGGUUGCGAUAAAUGCAAAGAUGAUCCGAAGAAGAACUGCAAAGAUUGCCAUUGCACGGUUUGUGGCCGGAAAAAUAAUUUGGACAAACAGAUCAUGUGUGACGAAUGCGACCUAGCCUACCAUUCCUACUGUCUGGAGCCUCCUAUGCACCCAGACGAUUUCCCUCUAUCUGACGAAGAUUGGUAUUGUCCCGCAUGCAAGCUGGACUCCGAUGAAAUCAUAAAGCCCGGAGAUGGCGGAAAACUGUUGAAGUCUAUCUUAAAGCGAGCCAAAGAUGCCCUAGCGAAUUCGGCCAAAAGAUUGCAUUCUUCUCACGAUUGGGGCAAGGGUAUGGCGUGCGUUGGUAGGACCAGAAUAUGUACCAUUGUACCUUCCAAUCACUUUGGACCUAUUCCAGGUAUCAGUGUUGGCACUUCUUGGAAAUUUCGACUUCAGGUAUCAGAAUGCGGAGUACAUAGGCCUCACGUGGCGGGAAUUCAUGGAAGAGAAGAGGAAGGAGCUUAUUCCAUCGUUUUUUCUGGCGGAUACGAAGAUGACGAAGAUUUCGGAGAUGAAUUCUAUUAUACCGGAAGCGGUGGAAGGGACUUGUCGGGAAAUAAGCGGACAGCUGUUCAAUCUUGUGACCAAAAACUUACUAAAUACAACAAAUCAUUAGCCAAGAACUGUGACUGCCCCCUUAACGAUAAUAUCGGCGGGGAGGCUAAUAACUGGAGAGCCGGGUUGCCCCUUAGAGUCGUGCGCAAUUACAAGGCUAGGAAAUUCUCCAAAUUCUCACCCAAAGAAGGCAAUCGAUACGAUGGUAUAUACAAGGUUGUGAAAUAUUGGCCUCAGACAGGGAAAGCAGGUUACAAAGUUUGGAGAUAUUUGUUGAGGAGGGAUGAUACCACACCAGCCCCUUGGACCAAGGAAGGCAAAGCACUCGUUUCUAAACUCAAUUUGACACUUCAAUAUCCAGAAGGUUAUACCAAAGGCAAUGAAGAUAAAAAAGCGCUCCAAGAAGAACUCCUUAAGUCAGACUCCGAUUCUAACCCAGGAAAUUUAGCUAGAGACGAGACUGAUAUCAGGAUCGACGCUGGCAAAGAAAACUUGAAUGGCGAUUCAAAACACAAAUUGAUGAAAGUCGUAGUGGGAGGUCUUAAAAGUAGAACUAGAAGGAGUAAAGGUUUGCCAGGUCCCGAUACCCCUCUCUUGUGCGAAAACGAUGCCACUGGCGAUAUUAAGAUCGAGGCGGGUGAACGGGAAGACUCCGACGAGUGGAACGAUAUAGACGUUCUUUCCGACAACGACGGAGUCGAUCCUAAAGAUGCGAAGGGUGAAUUGGAAACUAAAAAUGAGAAAAGUAUUAUCAAGAAGGCACCUAAAUUAGCGUUCACCUUUAAAUUGCCCCCCGUUAUCCAAAACACUAUAGAUGGGGAUACAUGUAAUCGCAAGCUUUGGGUCUAUUGCAUGGAAUUCCUCCAGGAUGGCAUCCAGCCCUUCCUGCAAAGGGUGACAGAAAAUUUCGAAUGCAUCUGCUGCAAGGAAUUGAUUUGCAAUCCAAUCACGACCAAAUGCAACCACAAUAUAUGCAAAGAAUGUUUGGAGAGAGCGUUCAAGGCUGAUAUACACAAAUGUCCUACGUGUCGAAUAGAUUUAGGGAAAAAUUACAAAAUGUCGAUCAACGAAAAUCUGAGGAAAGCGUUGCUCCACCUAUUUCCGGGUUACGAUAAAGGACGAUGAAAAUCAAAAAUCAUUUUUUGCGAAUCAUAAACUUAUUUUCUAAAAAAAACAUAUUUAUUUUUUUUUUGUGGAUUUUUAUAGUUUAGAUAUUUUAGCCAACCAAAACGUAGUUACCUCUAGAUUUUUUUUAAUUUAUGAAUAUAUAACAUUCGCGGUAAAAGUAGUGUU